CACCAGAGGGAGCAGACACACCAUCACCAUAGAAACAGACGCGCUUUGCGACACCUGUAGAUACUUUACGACAUGUUUUUUUAUAUAGUUUACGGCAAGUACGACGCCUGGCGAGAGAAUUUUCACAGUAACAUUCGUCAGACUGAAGAUCAGUAAACUCAUGCAUCCGCAGAUGUGGAGGACAGCAGCAGCUCUCUGCGGGAGAUUGACAGCUGUCAAUCAAAUCAUCCGCACAAACUCAGAUAUGGCUGAGUUUCGUGAGAUCUUCUCAAAGGCCCAACACAUCGCCAUCAUCACAGGAGCAGGAGUCAGUGCAGAGAGCGGCGUACCCACCAUCAGAGGAGCCGAGGGACGCUGGAGGACCUGGAAAACACAGGAUCUGGCGACGCCGGAGUGCUUCUCUCGUCACACCAGCCGCGUCUGGGAGUUCUACCAGUACCGCCGAGAGCUGUCUCUGAAGGCCGAGCCCAGCACCGCUCACAGAGCCAUCGCCGAGUGUGAGGCGCGUCUCCGCAGACAGGGACGCUCGCUGGUGGUGAUCACGCAGAACAUCGACGAGCUGCACCAGCGCGCCGGCUCCAGACACGUGCUGGAGGUCCACGGGAAUCUGUUUCAGACCAGAUGUGUGAGCUGUGGAGAUGUGGAGAUCAAUCACAAGAGCCCUAUCUGUCCAUCACUGCAGGGCAAAGGAUCACCUGAUCCUGACACACCUGACGCGCUCAUACCUGUCAAAGACCUGCCCAGGUGUGAUGAGAAGGGCUGUGACGGGCUGCUGCGGCCGCAUGUCAUCUGGUUUGGAGAGACUCUGGACUCUCAGAUCCUCACUAAAGUGGAGAAGGAGCUGGAGACGUGUGACCUCUGUCUGGUGGUCGGCACGUCCUCCGUCGUUUACCCGGCAGCCAUGUUUGGUCCACAGGUGGCGUCCCGCGGCGUUCCAGUGGCUGAAUUCAACACUAAGACCACAGCAAACACACCACGCUUCAAGUUUCAUUUCCCGGGCCGCUGUGCAGAGUCUCUUCCUGCGGCUCUGGCCCGACACGAGUCUGAAGUCAUCUGAUCGACUGCAGCUGAACCUGACAGAACAGAUUCAUUCCUCCGCUUCUGAAAUAUGACCUGUAGGAAAUGGGCCAAAGUAUAUUUGCUGAUGUUGCUGGAGCAUAUAUUUUGUGAUGUUGACAGUUUUCCAUGUGCCUUGACUUUCUCAAAGAGAUAAGUACAUAACUCACUGCCAGUGUUCCUCGUGUAGACGAGCUGUACGGGAUCUUCACUGCAGUUCUGCGUUUCUUCAGCUCGUCUGCUUGAUUAAUGUGGGAUAAAGCAACAUAAUAUUCCAGUUUACAUAGAGAAGUGCCUGCUUUGUGUUCGUGUGUGUGUGUGUGUGUGUGUGUGGAUUCAGUGCUUUACUCUGAAGCAGCACUAGAGGAACAGCAGCGUUUGCCUUCAUAUCAUUCCAGCAGUUUCAGCAUUAAAUACCAAUGAAUAAAAGCAUUUUUCACCGA